AUGCUUUAGAAAAUAAGAUAGCAAUGCUUGCAACAGAAAUUGAAAGAAAGGGAGCUCAAUUAAAAAAUAAAGAUAAAACUAUUGAUGAAUUAAGAGAAAAUUUAGAUUAAAAUAAUCCUACUCUUGCAGAAGUUGAAUAAUUAUAAUAAGAUAUAGAAUCAUUACAACUGGAACUUAAAGGAAUAUGAUUUAAUUAAAGAACUUGAUUAAAAGUAUCAUGAUGCUCUUAAAUAUUAAGAAUAAGUAUCUUAAUUAGAAACAUAAGUAUUUGAUUUAUAAGGAAAAGUGGCAAUGCUUUCUUCUGAAAUUAAAAAGUAAAGAAUUAAAUUAGAUAAAUAUAAGAAAGAUAAUGAUGGUUAAUAAGAUAAAAUAAAUUAAUUAAAUGAUAUUAAAUAUGAUUUUGAAUCAAUGUAAGAAGCUUUAUAAAGAUACAAAUCAUAAGAAGAUCAAUAAUAACAUGAAUAUGAUAGUUGGAGAGAAUUAUUAAAAAAGGCUGAUCUUGAAUCUACUGAAUUAUAAAAAACUUAAGAGACAUUAUCCAGUGAAAAACAAAUAGCAUAAGAUUAAUAUGAAAAGUUGAAUGAAUAAAUUGAUGAAUUGAAAUAAAUUACUUUAAGAAGAAAGAUCUAAAAUAGAAGGUUUAUAUAAAGAAAUAGAAAAAUACUAAGAUUUAGAAAAUAAAGUUUAUGAAAUGUAAAAUAAAACAGCUAUGCUAUCAGCAGAUAUUGAAAGAAGAAGUGUUAAAGAAAAAACAAAAUAAUAAUAAUUUGAUGAGUUAUAAUAACAUUCAAAAUAACAAUAAGAUGAUUUAACAUUAAAUGAGGCUAUAAAAAAAACUUAAGAUGAAAUUGUUACAUUUGUAAAAAUUAUAAGAUGAAUACUAAGAAAAAUAUGAAAAAGUAUUAUCAGAAAGAGGAAAUCAAGAAAAUAAGGUAGCUAUAUUGUCAACUGAAAUUGAAAGAUAAUCAUAUAGAUUAAAAAAAAAUAGAAGAAUGCUCAUAAUUGAAUGAAAAAAAUUAAAUAUUAUAAGGUGAAGUAUUAAGACUUUAAGAUUAACCAGCUCAAGUUGAAGAUUUGACUUAAUAGGUUGAAGAAUUAAGACAUUUAUUAAAUGAAGCUGAUUUAAAAUAAGUUAAAUUAACUUAAGAUUUAGAUUCUGUUGCUCAUGAAAAAGCAUUAAUUGAAGCUGAAAUUUAGAAACAUUAAGAUGAAGCUAAAUUGUAAUAACAAUUAACUGAAGAAGCUAAAAAAUAAUUGGCUAAUUUCACUGAAAAAUUCAAGAGUGUUGAAGAUGAAAAUAGUUCACUUAGAACUUUAGAAUCUAAAUUAUCAGAAUAUUAAAUGAAAACUGCUCUGUUGGCUUCUUAAAUUGAAGCUUAAAAUAAAAAAUAUUAAGGUAAACUAGAUGAAAUGGCUACUUUACAAUAAAAUUAUAAUGAUCUUAAAGCUCAUUAAUUAGAUGUAGAAGAUAUAUAAGGAGAAUUAGAAAGAACUAUAACUAUUUUAAAUGAAAAGGAUAAAGAACAUGGUUUAUAUGAUAAAAAAAUUUAAGAUUUAGAAGCAUAAAUCAAAUAACUAGAAGAUAUUAAAGUAUUCUUUCAAUUAAUAAUAUUAGUAUUAACUUGAAAGUAAAAUGGCUAUGGUUAGUAGUGAAGUUGAAAGAGUUAAGUACAAAUAUGAAAAAUUAUAGAAGGAAUAUGAAGAGAAUCAUUAAAGAUUAUUAGAAGCUGAAGAACAUUUAGUAGAAAAUAAUAAAGAGGUUUAAGCUUUAGAAGAUGUAAUAUAUAUAUAUCUAUAAUUUAAAGGAAUUACAUUAAACUUAAUAAGAAUUAGCCUAAGCUAGAAAAACACAAUGA